CAGCCGUUGCUGACGUCACCAACCAGAAAGCCAUCUUGCAGUGUCGUUGCCUUCGAAGCAGCUCAGCUGAUAUAGAACUGUCGGAAGCGUUGUUGCUGUUAGCGUCGCCACCAUGAAUGUGACGCUAGCUGUAAAGCAGUACGUCUCCAAGAUGAUCGAGAACAGCGGACCCGGGAUGAAGGUGCUGCUGAUGGACCGAGAGACGACGAGCAUCGUCAGCGUGGUCUACACCCAGUCUGAGAUACUGCAGAAGGAGGUUUAUCUGUUUGAACGCAUUGACUCUCAGAACCGAGACAGCAUGAAACACCUGAAGGCCAUCUGCUUCCUCAGACCCACCAAGGAGAACGUCCAGCAUCUGAUCCAGGAGCUCAGGAGACCAAAGUACAGCGUCUACUUCAUCUACUUCAGUAACGUCAUCAGUAAAAGUGAGAUCAAAGCUCUGGCUGAAGCUGAUGAACAGGAGGUGGUGGCUGAAGUCCAGGAGUUUUAUGGAGAUUUCAUCGCUGUGAAUCCUCACCUGUUCUCCCUCAACCUACAGGGAGUCUCCCGGGGCCAGAGCUGGGAGCCCUCCAUGUUGGCUCGCAGCACCCAGGGUCUGACUGCCGUCCUCCUGGCUCUGAAGAAGUGUCCAAUGAUUCGCUACCAGUUGUCUUCAGACAUGUCCAAGCGUCUGGCUGAGAGUGUCAAGCAAAUUAUCACAAAGGAGUACGAGCUGUUUGACUUCAGGAAGACGGAGGUUCCUCCGCUGCUGCUGAUCCUGGACCGGAGUGACGAUGCCAUCACGCCUCUGCUUAACCAGUGGACCUACCAGGCCAUGGUCCAUGAGCUGCUGGGCCUGAACAACAAUAGAAUCGACCUCUCCAGAGUUCCAGGAAUCAGCAAGGACCUGAGGGAGGUGGUUCUGUCAGCAGAGAAUGACGAGUUCUACGCCAACAACCUAUACCUGAACUUUGGAGAGAUCGGCACCAACAUAAAGAACCUGAUGGAGGAUUUCCAGAAGAAGAGACCUAAAGGCCAACAGAAGCUGGAGUGCAUCGCUGACAUGAAGGCUUUUGUAGAUAACUACCCCCAGUUUAAGAAGAUGUCGGGCACCGUGUCCAAACACGUGACGGUCGUGGGUGAACUGUCUCGCUUGGUGUCUGAGCGUCAGCUCAUGGAGGUGUCGGAGGUGGAGCAGGAGCUGGCCUGUCAGAAUGACCACUCCAACGCCCAGCAGAGUGUUCGUCGUCUGAUGCAGAACCCCCGCCUCUCGGAGCUGGAUGCCGUCCGCCUCGUCAUGCUGUACGCGCUGAGAUACGAGCGUCACAGCAGCAGCAUCCUCCCAUCACUGAUGGACGAGCUGAGUCGGAGAGGAGUGUCUGAGCGCCACCGCAGGAUGGUUCAGGCCGUGGUGGAUUACGGAGGGAAGAGAGUCAGAGGAAGUGACCUCAUCACACCAACAGACGCUGUCGCCAUCACCAAGCAGUUCUUCAGAGGACUAAAGGGUGUGGAGAACGUGUACGCACAACACCAACCUCUACUUCAUGACACUUUGGAUCAGCUGAUCAAAGGCAGACUCAAAGACAGUCAGUUUCCAUAUCUGGGAGCCAGCAGCCUCAGAGACAGGCCUCAGGACAUCAUCAUGUUUGUGAUUGGUGGAGCCACAUAUGAGGAAGCACUCACUGUCUACAACCUGAACCGCAGCACACCUGGAGUUCGCAUCAUCCUGGGAGGAACCAACAUCCACAACACCAAGAGUUUUCUGGAAGAAGUAAUGUCUGCGACAAGUCACAGUUGCGACCGGUCACAAGGAAGCAGUCGCCAUGGCAACAGACGUUGACUCAAAGCCAGGUCAUUCAAAGGGAGGAAGUGCUAUUUUCAACGUCCAUAUCAGAUUUGUUCACAGGUGUUGCUCUUAUUUUGCUCUCCUUAUUCAAAGACAAACAGUGGUCUCUCUGAGGCCCCUACAGACCUGCAGCGGUUCAACAGGAGGUGGGCCAGAUGUUCUCCCAGCUUGGGCUCAGAGACUCUGUUCUGACCCGGUGUCAAGUCUGGCUCAAGUCUGUUAUUAUUGGGUGGGACGACCUAUUAAAUGGUUUAUUUAAAAACACCAAUAAACAUGUGACUGAUCA